UUUCCUAAUUUCAACAACGAAACCAAAACGCGGUUUCCGUUUGCUUUCAAUUUCUAUACUUGUAAUAUAAGUAAUUAAUUUGAUUCUAAUCUUCAUUACCAAAGCACCUGAUUCCUUCCCCCACUACCUAAAGUAGAGGAAUUUCAUUUCCUUUCCAUUCGUACUUCAUCUCCCUCAGUAGUAAGAUCAAGAUCACCAUCACCAUCAUCAUCAAUUCAAAGAUCAGAGAUGUUACUGUUCUUUAUUGGGUUAAUUCUUGGCGCGAUUUCUAUACUGGGUUUAGAAGCUGCGGCGGUUUUUUAUCUUAUUAAUCGACUUACUGAAAAAGCCAGAGCCAAAUCUUCGAAGCAGUCUGCUCAAGUUCUUGAUUCUCAACAGUCGCUUGAUUUUGCUUACAAUAAACAGGGGUUUGUUUGGGUUCUGGAAUCAGAGAAACUUCCCAAAGAUAAGUUACCAAAAGAACCAAAGAGGAAAAAGGAUACCUUGGAAGUUUAUCCCGUUCGCAAAUAUGCAAAAAUCAAGGAUCAAACCCUUCUUUUGAAGGAAUCUGAUGGUUCCCAGACAGCUAUUCCACUCAAAGGUUGUGUAAUAGAAGCUGUUUCAGCCUCAACUCUACCGUCAAGAAAAUGGGCCAAAAGGUUUCCUAUAAAAGUUGAAAGGAAGACCUCAGUAAUAUACAAUUUGAGUAAAACAAUUUACAUUUACCUUGACACUUCCUGGGAGAAGGAGUCAUGGUGUAAAGCCCUCCGUCUUGCUUCAUGUGAUGACAAGAAAAGGCUAGAGUGGUGCGCCAAGUUGAAUGAAGAAUUCCACAGUUACCUUACCUCCCUAAACACAGGAUAUCCUUCAUUUAUGAAACCCUCAAUGGGUUUGACUGCUGAGCCAUCCUCAUUGGGUGCCAUUGGGGAGCCAAUUGAUAGGUCUGGUAGGUUUGAUAGUUCUUCGUCAAAGGUUCGACUCCUUUGGAAAAAAUUUGCCAAAAAGGCUUCAAAGCCUUCUGUGGAAAACAAGCCACUUUCUUCAUACUCAGGCCGUGAAGAGAGAAAGGUUUAUGAUAAAUUACGUCCAUCCCAAGAUUCCGUUUUGGCUGCUAGCUCUGCAAAAUCCGGAACAACAAAGGUGCCAAACAAUUCUGGAGAAGAAAAUGCUGAACCGUUGUCAUCAAUGUUUCGUCAUUCGGGAAGCCAGAGUCAAAUUUCUGGUCUCUCUGACACAGAGUCUGAUGACAAAAUUAUUACAGAUGAGGGAACUCUCUGCUGGAAUUUAUUGAUCUUUCGGCUUUUUUUUGAUGCCAAAAGCCACCUGGGAAUGAAAAGUUCCCUUCAGGCACGAAUUCAGAAAACAUUGUCGAAUAUGAGAACCCCCAGUUACAUUGGUGAAAUCAUCUGUACAGGAAUUGACAUUGGGAAUCUUCCGCCUCAUAUCCAUGGUAUGAGGGUUCUUCCCAUGGACAUGCAUGAAGUAUGGGCCUUCGAAGUUGACUUUGAAUAUUCUGGUGGAGUGGUAUUAGAUGUUGAAACAAGACUUGAAGUCCGCGAAUUAGAUGCAAAUUCAGAAUCAAGUUCAGUCAGGGAUGUUUCUUCAGACCUUCUUGAAGGUUUUGAAUAUUAUGGUAAACAGUUGAAUAUUUCUGAAGUGAAUAUUGAUGAACAAGUCCAAAAGGGUAAAGAGGAUCCUAAACUUGAUGGCUUGAAAAACAACAAAAGCACUAUGUUGGCAGCAACUCCGGUGUCAAGGUGGAAUUGUAUUCUGAAUUCUAUAGCCAAACAGGUUUCUCAGGUGCCUCUCUCUUUGUCCAUACGGGUUGCAUCCCUUCAGGGAACAGUGCGUUUACAUAUAAAGCCGCCACCUUCUGAUCAAUUAUGGUUUGGUUUUACGUCCAUGCCUGAUAUAGAGUUCGAUCUGGAGUCUGGUGUUGGGGAUCACAAGAUUACUAGUGGACACAUAGCUCUUUUCCUGAUUAACCGCUUUAAGGCAGGGAUCCGGGAAACUAUGGUGCUUCCAAACUGUGAAAGUGUAUGCAUUCCAUGGAUGUUAGCAGAGAAGGAUGACUGGGUCCCAAGGAGUGUUGCUCCAUUUAUACGGCUUAGUCAAGAAGCCAGUAGUGAUCAUACCAGUGCAUCUGAGUCUUUCAUUUCCCAAAGCGGGGAAGAAAAAACCAAGACAGCUACCAAAGCAACAUCAAUUGAUCACCCAGAAAGCAAGCAUCAAAAUCCGAAGAACAUAGAUUGCAUUCAACAGUCAUCGACUGUCCCUAGAAUUGUGUCGAUGCCCUCAACAACCUCCGCCGUUUCAUCUAUACUGAAUAACAAGUCUUUACAAGAACUAAGAACUCCUUUGCUGGAAAGUGAUGAGGUGCAGGAAACAGACCAACAGAAAAAAGAGGAAAUCCCAGACUGUCAAUCAUCACCCAGGUCUUUGCCCCUGCUAGAAAAACUAAGUAGUGCAGUUGAUGAGGAUGAUUCGAGGCCAAAGAAAGGAGGGAGAAAGGCAAGGAUGCUUGAUCUUGGGAAGAAGAUGGGGGAGAAACUUGAAGAGAAAAGGCGUCACAUCGAAGAAAAGAGUAGGCACAUUGUUGAGAAGAUGAGAGGACCAUGAAUCAGUUGGCAAAAACUAUUGUUGGAAGCAGAAAUGCAAGGCAUCAGAAUAGGUGCGUUGAUGUUUUAUGCUACUCUUCAGAUGCUUGGACCCUUGAAUAUAGGAUUUAUAACUCUUGCUUGCAGACCAAGAAUCCAUGCAUUCAGAGAUCACGGGGAUGGGGCUUAGGGAUUACAGUUUAGAAUAAAGUGUAUUUGAUACGUAGAAACUCUAUAAAACCUUGUUUACACUGUAAAAGUAAAGAAAUUUUUUUUGACUCUUGAUUAAUGAAUGCCAAUUGCCAUUUUUUCAUGUGAA